AUGUCGAUUCGGAAUCCUGUUACAGAUGCAGGUUCAACUACUAAAGAUAUGACGGCUCACCUAUGCGAUUCACCUUCCGAGUCGUCUACGAGUGAGCCGCAUGACGACACUACCCACAUGCAGCAGAAUAAUUUUAUCGACCAGUCGUUCUUUUAUAAAUUGGAUCAGUUGGCACCCGAUAAUCCGCUGUUCUUCAUGCAACAGCAACAACAACAACAACAACAGAACGAACAACACAAACACUUUGACCAAUCGCAGUCCCAUCACGCACCACAAGAAGAAGACGAUGCCUCCCACUACGAGGAUCAGCCCAUGCACGAUGCCGAUACUGACGUUUUCAUGGAUUUCACUUCUCUUAACACAGAACCACCAUCUUCACGGCUAACAUUGCAACAGCAACAGCAACAACCGCCAUCGACCACAGAAAACUCGUCGCUUGCACAAAGUCAACCACAUUCAAUAGCAGAUUCACUUCAACAAGCCACGAGCAGUUCAGCCCCUGAGUCGAGCCAGACUUUUUGGUCAGGAUUCAAUAGCUUCUUCUCCAAUGUUGCACAUAAUCCGUUUCCGCAAGCGUUUCCUAAUCUCGCGAAAAACUUUACCGAGUACCUCUCGACUUAUCCUAUUCCCAACGUCCCGCAUAAUCCUUUUCCACAGGCCAUCCCAAACUUGGCAAAAAACUUUACCGAAUACUUUAAUUAUCCUAUGCAAUUGACCAGCUCUCUAAACCCGCUCUUUACCCAAUUCUCACAAGCGCAAAAUGAGCAACACACACCCCUCUCUGAACUAGAAUACGAAUCGCCACCAGAUGUACCUGGAGGUUUACCACAUUCCAUAAAAAACAAGGGUAUGCAAAUUCGAGUGCUGGGUGUGCCACAAACCGGUGCCAAGUCGCGUGUGGAAACGCAAAUCAAGUUAUGCAUACAAUUGGUGACGGAUGACGGUGACAAAGCACAACGUUGGUCGCAUCUCAAGUUACCAGAACAGAUGGUAGCCAAGGACAAGUUAAAACGGCAAAUCAUGUUGACCAAUUCAGCAAGCAACACAAAAGCUACGAAUAUGGUGGGCCUUGAUAGCGCCAAUAUGCCGAUUAAAUCCGAUAAGAUGCUAUUUCUCAGCGCACGUGUUAUUUGUGCGAGCGAUCCAUCCCGGAAAGUCGUCACUUGCCUUGGUUGUAUACAGCGUGAGCGUAAACGAUCUCAACGUCGAAAAGAAAAUAAAGUCAAGAUGGAAACAGACGACGAUAGACGUUUAGCGGACGACGAAAAAUCGUUGGCACAAGAGGAGCAGAAAGUGCUACUGUUCAAUUGCUCUGACGUGGUGGAUUUUAGCUCAGGCGACACUAUUUUACCAACGCGUAUCACAUGUUAUUGCCGACAUCACAAUGAGAAAGUGGGUUUUUGCAUCUAUUUUGAAAUGCAUGAUCAUACGGGCGACAAAAUCGCCACGGGAAUGUCACCGCCAAUCAUGAUCACAGAUGACCACAAAUCAAGUAAAGUCAAAGCCAGCCGGAAACAUUCCCACACCGAAUAUGAGAAACCAAACAAGCAGACAAUUCUGUCAGCUGGGCAAUUUGAUUUCAGAGCUCCUGCAUCAGUCCAUUCCACCAACAGCCAGCUUCAAAGUAGUGGCCAUACUCCGUCCUUUGCUACAUCCUUCAAAGACCCUCGCUACCCAAUCCCUUCUCGUCCUACUUCCUCUCAUCCCGAUAUAACAGCACAACAUACGACGAAUGUGAAAGACACAACCACUGAUACGAGUAUGGUACCCUCCAUGAAUUUUCUCAGUAGUAUAGCUUCCGGCACCACCCAUUCUGGAUCACCGCUAGCGAAUGAACGUCCACAGUUGCAGCGUUUGAUUCCCAACGAAGGACCGACUUAUGGAGGACAAGAAGUAACGAUUCUCGGCAAUAACUUCCGACCUGGAAUGACUUGUCUUUUUGGCGAUGUGGAAGCAUCCAGUACCCACUACUGGUCUCCGAAUACGCUCGUAUGUAUCCUUCCUCCAGCAAGGGAACCAGGAACAGUCGUUGUGUCGUUCAAGGAGCAUCCCAUGGUGAUGGACAGCCAGGAGGUGACGCUGUUUACAUACUACAGUGAGAAUGAUCGAGCGUUGAUGGAGCUUGCUUUACAAGUCGUCGGUCUCAAGAUGACUGGAAAAGUAGAAGACGCAAGAGAGAUUGCAAUGCGUAUAGUUCAAGGUGGCGGCCAAAACUCCAAUAGCCCACCACCACCGCCACCAAGUGGGCAGACGAGAAGCCUAGAUCCACAACCACAGCAAAGGCAGAAUUGUUUAGAACGCCACAUCAAUCAGGCUUUCGAGGCUGUGGAUCCCAUGAAUCUAUUUGCCUUGUUGAAGGAAGGACUUUAA